AAACUCUACAUCGGAGCUCUCUUCCCCAUGAGCGGCGGUUGGCCGGGCGGCCAAGCAUGUCUCCCCUCUGCGCAGAUGGCUUUGGAUCUGGUAAACAACCGGACGGAUAUUCUGCCGGAUUACGAACUGGAGCUGAUAUACUAUGACAGUAUGUGUGACCCGGGGGAAUCCACCAAGUUGCUCUAUGAUCUGCUCUACACAGAGCCCAUCAAGACAGUUCUGAUGCCCGGCUGCAGCUCCGUAUCCACACUGGUAGCAGAGGCUGCUCGCAUGUGGAACCUCAUAGUGUUGUCCUAUGGCUCCAGCUCUCCAGCCUUGUCCAACAGGAACCGCUUCCCCACCUUCUUCCGCACCCACCCUUCGGCCACCCUCCACAACCCCACCAGGGUACGCCUCUUCCAGAAGUGGAAGUGGACCAAGAUCGCUACCAUUCAGCAGACCACAGAGGUCUUCACUUCGACUCUGGAUGAUCUGGAGCAGAGGGUGAAGGAGGCUGGGAUUGAGAUCAGUGUGAGACAGAGCUUCCUCACCGACCCGGCUGUCGCUGUCAAGAACCUCAAGCGCCAGGAUGCCAGAAUAAUUGUGGGGCUCUUCUAUGAGACGGAAGCCAGGAAAGUGUUUUGCGAGGUAUUUAAGGAGAAACUGUAUGGGAAGAAAUAUGUGUGGUUUCUGAUUGGUUGGUACGCUGAUAACUGGUUCAAGAUCAAAGACCCGUCCAUCAACUGCACCAUCGAGAACAUGACAGAGGCGGUGGAGGGCCACGUUACCACGGAGAUCGUCAUGCUCAACCCCGAGACCGUCCGCGGAGCCUCCAACCUGACCUCUCAGGAGUUCCUGGGGGCGUUGAUGAACCGGCUGGGGGGUAUGAACCCGGAAGAGACGGGGGGCUUCCAGGAGGCCCCUCUGGCCUACGACGCUGUCUGGGCCCUGGCCCUGGCCCUCAACAAGACUGUGGCCCCUCUGAAGGCCAAAGGCCGCAGGCUGGAGGACUUCAACUACAACAACCAUGACAUCACAGCAGAGAUCUACCGCGCCCUCAACACCAGCUCAUUUGAAGGCGUGUCUGGUCAUGUGGUGUUUGAUGCCCAGGGUUCCAGGAUGGCUAUGACCCUUAUUGAGCAACUGCAAGGAGGCAGUUAUAAGAAGAUUGGAUACUACGACAGCUCUCAGAAGAAUCUCUCCUGGUUCGGCAACGAUGUGUGGAUAGGUGCCGGGCCCCCGGCUGACUCGACAAUAGUCAUUGAGGAGUUUAGGUACCUCUCUCAGAAGCUGUUUGCUGCUGUGUCUGUCUUCGCUGGUCUGGGCAUCCUGCUGGGCAUCGUCUGUCUGACCUUCAACAUCUACAACAGUAACGUCCGGUACAUCCAGAACUCCCAGCCCUACCUGAACAACAUGACAGCAGUGGGCUGUAUGAUGGCCCUGGCUGCUGUGUUUCCCCUGGGGAUCGACGGACACCACAUCCACAGGUCCCAGUUCCCUGUGGUCUGUCAGUUCCGUCUGUGGCUGCUCGGCCUGGGCUUCAGUCUGGCCUAUGGCAGCAUGUUCACCAAGAUUUGGUGGGUACACAAUCUCUUCACAAAGAAGGAAGAGAAGAAGGAGAAGAGGAAGCACCUGGAGCCAUGGAAACUCUAUGCAACAGUUGGAGUGUUACUAGCCAUAGACAUCCUGUCACUCGUGAUUUGGCAGAUUGUGGAUCCUUUACACAUCACAGUGGAGAAGUUCACUAGGGAGGCCCCUAAAGGAGACUUGGAUGUCCUGAUUCAGCCUCUCCUGGAGCACUGCACCUCAGAGAAGAUGAACACAUGGCUCGGUGUAGUGUAUGGCUACAAGGGACUGCUGCUGUUGCUGGGGAUAUUUCUGGCCUACGAGACCAAGUCUGUUUCCACGGAGAAGAUCAAUGACCAUCGAGCCGUGGGGAUGGCUAUUUACAACGUGGCUGUGUUGUGCAUGAUCACGGCUCCCGUCACUAUGAUCCUCACGUCACAGCAGGACGCUUCCUUUGCCUUUGCCGCUUUGGCCAUAGUGUUCUCUGUCUACAUCACGCUGGUGGUGCUCUUUGUGCCCAAGAUGCGCAGGCUGAUUACGCGUGGUGAGUGGCAGUCGGAGCAGCAGGACACGCUGAAGACCGGCUCGUCCACCAACAACAACGACGAGGAGAAGUCUCGCCAGCUGGAGAGAGAGAACCGUGAGCUGCAGAAGAUCAUACAGGAGAAAGAGCAGAGGGUAUCGGAGCUCCGCAACCAGCUGGUUGAGAGACAGGCCCUGCGCAACCGACGACGGCCCUCAUCAGGCACCAACCAGAACCACAGCAACCCGUCCCCGCCCUCUUCCCAGCCAGACCCCAAGUCUCUCCUGCCCCCACCCGGUUACCCCAACCCCGCGUCGGACAAUCACUCCUCCUUACCCCCCUCCUUCUCCAACUCCUCCAACCUGUACCAGACGGACAGCAAGAUAAGUCGCAACCACUGUCACAACAGCCAGAUCCCCCUGCUCUACAAGUGA